UACCUUCGCAAGAUGCUUUGCCUGAGCACUAUAUCUGUGCUCCUGUUCCUGACGAUUCUCAUAGUGAAGAUCUUCUCAUAGCAAAUUUUUUUUUGAUAACUGCUUCUCCAGGUGAUGGUGGAAAGUUUUCAGUUGGUUUUGACAUCAAUGUUUUCACUGAAGUUCACAAGACUGGGGAUGUGUCUAUUUUGCCUGAUGAAUCAAUUGAUUUGCUUGUUAACACUAUUGAAGAUGCUAAAAAGCCUUCUGUUGCGGCCAUUCAAGGACUUGCACUUGGAGGUGGUUUGGAGUUGACAAUGAGUUGUCAUGCUCGAAUAUCCACUCCAGAUGCUCGGUUUGGAUUGCCGGAGCUGACUCUUGGUAUUAUUCCUGGCUUUGGAGGCACCCAGCGUCUUCCUAGGCUUGUGGGGCUGUCGAAGGCUAUAGAAAUGAUGUUGCUAUCGAAGUCCAUAAGUGCUGAAGAAGGAAUGAAGUAUGGCCUUAUUGAUGCUAUCACUUCUCCUGAGAAUUUGUUGAACGUUUCAAGACGUUGGGCAUUAGAAAUUGCUGAAAGGAGCAAACCUUGGAUUAACUCACUUAAGCGGACCGAUAAACUUGCCUCUCUUUCUGAAGCACGUGAGAUGCUGUAUUCUUCUCGACAACAGGCUAAGAAGACCGCUCCAAACAUGCCACAGAAUCAAGUCUGCCUCGAUGCAAUUGAGGAGGGCAUAAUUUUUGGGGGAUAUGCAGGUGUCUUGAAAGAGGCGAGACUUUUUAAGGAGAUAAUAUUGACAACAACUUCAAGAAGUCUUAUCCAUGCCUUUUUCGCGGAACGUGCAACUUCCAAGGUACAUAUUUUUGUCUUUUUCAUUCUGAUACACACGAUUAUUGUUGACAUACGAUUUUAUACCUUAUUGCUAUGCGGCAGUUUUCUCAGUGCUAAGUGAAAUUUUCAGAAACCUUUUUGAUUUGAGAUCCAAACUAAUUUUUAUCAUUGCCAGUCAAUCUUUGAACAAAGUUUCUCAACAUAUAGCAAUCUGAAUUGAUGUUACAUUUGAUAGUAACAAGAAUUCAUUAUUCAUAUUGGGGCUCCUGCAAAAAUUUAACUUUAUUUUUGUCACAUUUUAGUCCAAAUACUCAUUUUAGUUUUAUUGUUCUUGGAGUUUGUUCACCAAAAAUUUGGGCGGACGCCUAGCAUCACCCUAAUACAAGGCAUCUAUAGGAAGUGUUGGUUCUUCCUGCCACACCCAAAAGGGCACGUAUGGUCUGUUUAGUGAGAUACCAUGAUUAUUACAAUCACAAUUGCUAAGAAAUGCACGCAUGAGUACAUGAAAAUUUAUUUGAACACAAUUUCUUCAUCGUAUUAAGAAAAGUGUGCUUGAGUGUAUUUUUUAAUGAUUUUCAUCAUUUUCUUUUGCCUGUGUUUAUUUCAAUUAUUCAGCUCAAGUCAUAUUAGUGUUCAUUUUGGAAACCUCUCAACAUCUCCCCUACAUAGAAAACAUCUACAGCGAGUGCUAAGCCUACCUUUAUAUGAAAAAUGGUGCUCAUGAUGACCUUAAUAUUCAAACCCACCACGCCAAAAAAAGGAUAUA